CACGACGACGCGCCUCUGUCCAUGUUUCUCCGCGUUCCUUGCCGCGUCCGGAACCAACUGGCUCGCAUGCGACAUCCAUGAUGAUAAAUCCCGCUCGACGAUGGCUGGGAACUCACAAUAGCGAUCUUCCCCAUCAUGUCCUCCGCAAUCCCCAAGCUCUUCCAGCCGGUCAAAGUCGGCGAUGUGACGCUUGCGCACCGCAUCGUGCUCGCCCCUCUCACGCGCUUCCGAGCUACCAAGUUCGAGCACGUCCCCCUCCCGAACGUGAAGGAGCAUUACAGACAGCGCGGGAGCACGCCUGGGACGCUCUUGAUCACCGAAGCGACCUUCAUUGCCCCGCAGGCCGGCGGUUACACGAACGUCCCCGGCAUCUGGAGCGACGAGCAGAUCAGCAAGUGGAAGGAGGUCACAGACUCCGUCCACGCCGAAGGCUCGUUCGUCUACCUCCAGCUCUGGGCUCUGGGACGCGCGGCUGUAGCGGCUGAGCUGAAGGCAGAAGACCCCUCAUUCGACUACGUCGCCCCAUCCCCGAUCAAGCUCACCGGCCACGACGAGACCCCGCGCGCGCUCACCAUGCCUGAGAUCAAGCAGUACGUGCAGUGGUACGCGACCGCUGCACACAACGCGGUCAAGCGCGCUGGCUUUGAUGGUGUCGAGAUCCACGGCGCGAACGGCUACCUCAUUGAUCAGUUCUUGCAAGACGUAUCCAACCACCGGACGGACGAGUACGGAGGGUCGAUCGAGAACCGCUCGCGCUUCGGUCUUGAGGUCGUCGAAGCUGUUGUGAAGGCUGUUGGCGCGUCCAAGACCGGCAUCCGUCUCAGCCCGUGGGGGAAGUUCCAAGACAUGCGCAUGGCCGACCCCCUCCCCCAAUUCUCCUACUUUGCCAACGAGCUCAAGACCCGCCACCCCGACCUCUCCUACCUCCAUCUCGUCGAGCCGCGCGCGCAGGGCUUCGCGAUCCUCCGAGACGAGGACCUCGAGGCGCGCGAGUCGAACGACUUCCUGCGCAAGCUCUGGGCGCCGAAGCCGCUGAUCACCGCGGGCGCGUACACGCGCGAGCUGGCGAUCAAGACCGCGGAGGAAAAGGGGGACAUCAUCGCCGUCGGGCGGUACUUCAUCUCGAACCCAGACCUCCCCCUCCGCUGGCGGCACAACCUCCCGCUGACGGAGUACAACCGUGACACGUUCUACUUGAAGGGCGAUGCGAGCCCGACGGGGUACACCGACUAUCCUUUUGCGGAGAAGACGGCGGAGCAGUCGAAGUUGUGAGG